GCCGCGGCCACGGGCAGCCUGGCCGAGCUGUGCUGGCUGGUGCGCGACGGGGGCUGUGGUCUGCAGGACCAAGACGCCUCGGGGGUGUCCCCGCUGCACCUGGCCGCCCGCUUCGGACACCCGGUACUGGUGGAGUGGCUGCUCCGAGAGGGCCACACGGCCACGCUGGAGACGCUGGAGGGGGCCUUGCCGCUGCACCACGCAGCUGUCAGUGGGGACCUGACCUGCCUGAAGCUCCUGGUGGCCGCCCACGGCAGACGUGGUCGCCUGCAACCAGCCUCAGCAAGUUGGUUCCCUCUUCCUCAGGUCACCUUCACAGACGUAGGCCUGACGGCGCGGGAUAAUGAGGGGGCCACCGCCCUCCACUUCGCAGCCCGAGGCGGCCACACGCCCAUCCUAGAUCGGCUUCUGCUGAUGGGUGCUCCCAUCGUGAGAGACUGCUGGGGUGGGACCCCCCUCCACGAUGCAGCGGAGAACGGGCAGAUGGAGUGCUGCCAGACCCUGCUCUCCCACCGCGUGGACCCCGCCCUGCGGGAUGAGGAUGGCUAUGCGGCCGCAGACCUGGCGGAGUACCACGGCCACCGUGACUGCGCCCAGUACCUGCGUGACAGUGCCCCGCCGGUGCCGCUCCUGAUGACGCCCCCGCCCCCGCCAUUCCCCGCUCCUCCGCUGUCGGCUGCAAGGCACUCCCUGGAGGAUGGAAGAAGAGGGGGCCCAGGUCUCGGGAACCCCACCUCAGCGUCUCUCAGCCCCACCUGGCCCAGCCAGCCUGACCAGCAUCUUCCAAGGGAGCAGACAACCUACACAGCCCCCCCGAGGGUCACCACCAGUGCCAUGGCUGUCCCCACGGGAGCGGAUACUGCGGCGGGGGACGCCCCGGACAGCCUGGUUGCGCUGCAGCUGGACGGGCUGCCCUCCGGUGACCUGGAUGGGCUGGUGCCCACGAGGGAUGAGCGCGGCCGGGCCAUCCCUGAGUGGAAGCGGCAGGUGAUGGUGCGGAAGCUGCAGGCUCGCCUGGGCACAGUCCCAGCGCUGGAGGCCCAGGACGAUGGCGGGAGCCCCGCGGAGCAGGCAGCCUGGCGGUACUCACAGACCCACCAGGCCAUCCUGGGCCCCUUCGGAGAGCUGCUGACCGAGGACGACCUGGUGUACCUGGAGAAGCAGAUCGCCGACCUGCAGCUGCGGCACCGCUGCCAGGAGUACGAGAACGAGCUGGGCCGGCUGGCGGCGGAGCUGCAGGCCCUGCUGCCCGCACCCCUGGUCAGCAUCACUGUCAACAGCCACUUCCUGCCCUGGGCGCCCGGGCUGGAGGGCGAGGAGGCUCCCAGCCCUGAGAUCGAGCCCCAGGGCUCCACAGGGGCCCUGGAGGCCGCGUCUGGAGCGCAGCACCUGCCCUUCUGGUGCAGCCACGUCGCCCGGCUGGUGCGCAGCUUGUCCCUGCUGCUGAAGGGCGUGAACGGGCUGGUGCAGGGCGAGGAGAGGCCAGCCGCUAGGCCCCUACAGGAGGCCCACAGGGAGGUCCCAGCCAGUCCCCCAAGGAGCAAGGCCCAGCGCGAGAUCCAGGAGUGCGGGGUGUCUGUGCGGACCCUUCGUGGCAACUUUGAAUCAGCCCCUGGCCAGCCCUGCACCCCAAGCCCCGGCCCCUGUGAGCUGGGGGCCCAGCCCGGGCAAUGCCUGAGAGGCUGCUGGCCUGCUCCCCUGAAGCCUCGUGGCGGCCCAAUGGGCAGGGAGCCUGGAACAGGCGACACAGAGGAGGCCAGCGACUCGGGCAUCAGCUGUGAGGAGGCCCCAUCGGAGGCCGGCGCCAGGCCAGGCCCUGACCUGGCCAACCUUCGCAAGGAACGCAUCGUCAUGCUCUUCCUGAGUCACUGGAAGAAGUCGGCCUGCACGCCCACCCUCAAGACGGCCACCUGCAGGACCCUGGAGGCCUGGCGCAUUGGGCCGCGGGGGCAGGAGGCAGCCAGGGGCCCUCGACUGCCCUCCCCGCCACCCAGCGAGAGCCCGCGGCUGGGCCACCUGUGGCAGCAGCGCAGCAUCAUCGCCCACCUGCUGGGCAACUGGAAGUCCAUCCUGGCACACGUGCCCGCCCGGCAGCUGCGGCGACUGCCACCUGCCGCGGCCCCCAGCAGCAGCCCCGAGCCCGCAGCGCGGAGGCUGAGGCCCGGCUCCCAGCGGGGCACCUUCAGCAGCGAGGACAUCUGUGGCUACAUCGGCCGCAGCUUUGCCUUCUGGAAGGAGAAGGAAGCCGAGAUGUUCAGCUUCGGGGAGUGAGAUGGGCCGGCAGCCUGCCUUCCUCUGGAAGGGGUUUGGGGUGGUUUGGGUUUGCUCUUCUCUUUGCCUUUUCACCUGCUGAGUAGCAGGUGAGCCUCGCGGCCAGGCCAGCAGAUGCUCAGCGUGCUAGUGGCCACCCUCCAGUCCUGCCCCUGAUAGGUUGCUCCUCAGCUGUGGGAUUCACCGCUGAGCCCACGAAGCCGUCCCAGCUCUCUCAGCUGGGGUCGCUCUGCUCGGUCUUCCCUUGGGCACCUGUGAUACCAGCCAGUGUUUCCCAUCGGCUCCCCUUCCAGUGUCCUCCCAGUUGCUUGGAUGUCCAGUUCCUCCGUUCCUCUGUGCCGGUGGCUCUGGCCAUGUCCUGAGCCUCGGUCUGCCCUCCACUGGUCCUGCCUCAGUUCCUUGAAGUGACCUCAGGCCAUGCCCCUUCACCUCUCCAGCCGUCCUUCCCCAUCUGUGAAGUGGGCGAGAAGGUGGGGGUUGGAGAGAACAGGAUUCGAUGAGCAAGAGGCCUUCCUGGCAGACCAGACUGCCUCCCGAAUUCUUUGGGUCGGGGAGGUGGCUCCACACUGACGUGCAUACUGGUCACAUGCAGCCACCUGCUGACAGACGUGUGUUCUGCUGCCAUGCUAUGCUAGUGCCCCACCCCCACCCCAGGCUCCAGAGGUCCUGGUCCCCAAAAGGAAGGCCCUGUGUGGGGCUCCUGGCUUCCAGCUGACCUGCACCCUCCCCCAGGGCACAAGGCCCGAGGCAGCGGCAGGGCCCCCACCUGCAGGCUUAGGAAAGCAGGGCCAUAAGGAGCAUUUUCAAGAAAAGUAGUGGCAGAAGGGGGCUCUGAGCAGAGGGCGCCGGCACCUCGCCCUCAAAAGUGAGCUGCUGGACCCAGAGGAGAACGCAUGGUAAGGGUAGGAGGGGUAGGAGGGGUAGGAGCACACAGGAUGGAAGGCAAUGAGGUGUGGCCACUUUCUGUGGUCACUGGAUGUCACACCCACCCCCUUCUCCACAAGGAACAAAGGAAGGAGAUAGCUGCUCCCCCAGAAGGCCUCCGGGUGCAGCAGAGCGUCCGCGAGCAGGGUGCUGGGGACAGACCUUGAAGGGCUGGCUGAGGGAUGGGGCUUAUGUCCAUGGCAGCCAGGAGGCUGAGCCCCCACCCAGGUUGUGGCGCCCGAAGACAGCUGGCUUGGAGCCCGGGGGGCUCUGGAAGAGAGGUGUCUUGCAGCUGUGCCAUGGCCCCAACAGGCAGUGUGUGGGGAAGAGGCUUCAGGAAUCUUCCACAAGCCGCUGCCUCCCUGCCUCCAGCCCCCUUGGGACAGGGGCCUCUUACAGUGUCCCCACCAGCGUGCAGAGCCUGGAGGGUGACAGGCAAGUUGUGAGAUGGGCUGGUCCGGCUGAGGAUAGGUCCCGAGGCAGAACCAUCCCCUAAAGCGCUCUCAGAGCCAUGGAACUGUGCGGGAUAAUCAACAUUUGUUGUUUUAAGAGACUAGAUUUGGGGGUCAUUUCCUAUGCAGCAGCAGGUAACUAAUACAAGAGACUAGAAAAUUUUCAGCAGAAGCGUAACGAAGAGACUUACGCUUCAGAUGGGAAGACGUCAUAAUUACAGAACAGUAGUCCGUCAAACAGGCGGUUCUAGCCCCAGAAUAUGGUCGCUCGGAUCAGUAGACCAGAACAGAGAACGCUGAGACACUUCACACAGAACACGUCGCCCUUGAGAUAGAGGCGUCGCGGUAAAUCUGAGGAGGGAGGGAAUUGUCGGUAAUAGCGCCGACAGAGUUGGUAACUGUUGUGGGGAAAGAAGUAUGACCCAAAUAAACCCCAAGUGGAAUAAGAGACACUGUGAGCAAGUAGAUCCGUGAAACGCCCGCCUGGGGUGGGCAGGUCCGCCUGCAGGAGGGCCUCACGGAGUGAAGGCGCCAGGCCACGUGCAGGGACGGCUUUACCUCCUGCUGGCGGCGAAGCUGGACGCCCCUCUGGAGCGCGCAUCGAGAGGGAAGAUCGUGUACUUUACCUUGGCAGUGUCACUCUCCGACUCUGUCCUGGGGGGGACAUCAGGUGACACUGUACUAGGUGUCAUAGUCCAAAAUGGCAUGUCCAGUAAUAGAAGUGACUGGAUGUCACUUCCACCUUCUUAAAAUGUGAUAUGUCCGUUAUGAUGAAAUGAAAAAUAGUUUUUUUUCAGAGACUAAUCACAUCAGCAGUGCUCGAGGUGGAAUUUCAAGUGAUGCAACCGCACACAAAGCUCGCUGAGAGCAGUGACUGGAGGAAGACAGAGGGAUCGUCUUCCACCAGCGGAAUUUGCUACUUCAUGUUUUCCUGUGUUUUCCAA